AUGUAUGAUGUUGGUGUCCUCAAAGAGAUUGUGGAGUCCAUUAUGAAAGCUUACCCAGAUUUUCAAAUAUCAGGAGGAAGAAAGGUUAUGGAGAUACGGCCAAAGAUAAAUUGGGAUAAAGGUCGUGCACUAUUGUAUUUGUUAGAUACUCUUGGCUUUGACAACUUUAACCAUGUUCUUCCAAUUUACAUAGGGGAUGACAAAACAGAUGAAGAUGCUUUUAAGGUUAUAGUUGAGAAAGGGGAAGGUUUUCCAAUAAUAGUUUCUUCGGUUGCUAAAGAGACCAUGGCUUCUUUUUCUCUGCGUGACCCUUCUCAUGUUAUGACCUUCUUGAUACGUUUAGCAAAAUGGAAAAGGAACUACUCAUCAUUCAUCACCAAAACCAAACAAAGUUGAGAUAAGAGUAGAGGGAGUAUUAUAUUAGUUAUUUAAGAAGAAGGAGAGAUCUUUGAUGGUCAAAUGUUAUAGUGGCUAAAAAUGAUUUAAUUAAUUUAUAAACAUAUGACAUGUGAAGAGUUGUUUGUAGAUUGGUAGUGGGUUUGAUCAUAUUAUAUGUUAGGGAUGAUGUAAAGUAGAAAAUGAGUUGACCAAAAUGAUGUAUAUAUUAUGUGAGCUUUUUAUGUGAAAAAAAAUUCUAUUAAUAUUUUUU